GAGGAGGCGGUGACGGUUGAGAGAUCUGGUCAGGGGCAGGAUUGGUCCAGCACUGCUUCACAGCAUACAAGAUCUUCUCCCUUUCAAGAGGAUCCUCUCCAUCUCCAACAAUAUGUCUUCCAUCUCGCAUCGUCCCUUGUGCAGACGGAACACCGAGUCUGCAUGGAUGAAAUGGUACGUCCUCGGAUAACAUCAAGGGUGUUGAGUCUGGCCUCAACAGGGACGACGUUCAUGACCCAGACUGGUCAUUGACAAGAGCAGCAGCAAAGCCGCCGAGAUGAGCAUUCAUGUCAAAAGAAAGCGAGGGGAACGAACGAUUUGUCGUCUUCGACACAAGUUUCGAAUCUGAACCCAGAGGCCCGCUGGUUCUAAUUUCUCUCCCAUUCUGCGUCUACAGUCUGCAUCCUUUCUUCUUCAACGCAACGAGGACAUAACUCUCGGAUUCUCUCGCUUGGACGUGAUUUCUUCUUUUCCGCGCGAAGAAGCGGCGGAGAGACAAUGAUUCGACUUAGGGUUUACGCUGGCCUUAGUUUGUUCGCGACCUUGGCUGUGGUUUAUCAUGCUUUUAGCAGCAGAGGUCAAUUUUACCCGGCGAUGGUGUAUCUGUCGACAUCUAAGAUCAGCUUGGUGCUUCUUCUAAACAUGUGUUUGGUCAUUAUGUUCAUUCUAUGGAAAUUGGUCAAAUGUGUGUUUCUGGGUCCCCUUAGAGAAGCCGAGAUCGAGAGGCUGAACGAGCAAGCUUGGAGAGAGCUCAUGGAGAUUCUCUUCGCCAUCACCAUUUUCAGACAAGACUUCUCUGUCGUUUUCCUCGCCAUGGUCGUGACUCUUUUGUUGAUCAAGGCUUUGCAUUGGAUGGUCCAGAAAAGAAUGGAGUACAUCGAGACUACUCCAUCUGUGCCUACUCUGUCACAUGUUCGUAUAGUCACUUUCUUGGGUUUCCUCCUCCUCCUAGAUGGUAUCUUUAUUUUCAGUUCUUUGCGGCACUUGAUUCAAACACGGCAGGCUUCGGUUUCUCUCUUCUUCUCAUUUGAGUACCUGAUAAUGGCAACAACAACUGUUUCGAUCAUGGUAAAAUAUGUUUUCUAUGUCAGCGAUUUGAUUAUGGAAGGUCAAUGGGAAAAAAAGCCAGUAUAUACAUUCUACCUGGAACUUAUCCGAGACCUGCUUCACCUGUCUAUGUAUAUCUGCUUCUUCGUUGUGAUAUUCAUGAACUAUGGUGUUCCCCUGCAUUUGAUACGGGAGCUCUACGAAACUUUUAGAAACUUCAAAAUUCGUGUUGCUGAUUACCUUCGAUAUCGUAAAAUCACUUCUAACAUGAACGAUAGGUUUCCUGAUGCUACUCCUGAAGAACUCAUUGUAAAUGACGCUACCUGUAUCAUAUGCCGGGAAGAAAUGACUACUGCAAAGAAACUUAUAUGCGGGCAUCUGUUUCAUGUGCAUUGUCUGCGGUCAUGGUUGGAGCGCCAGCACACAUGUCCUACAUGCAGAGCGCUUGUUGUUCCUCCUGAAAAUGGUACAUCAGCUGCCACCGGACAACAUGGAUCACGCCAAGAUUCUCCUCAGCAGAGAACAGGUGCUUCAAGUUCAGAUGGUCAGCCUUCUUCUGUUGCUGCUUCCAGUGAUAAUUUGAGCAGGCACCAUGCCAGGCUUCAAGCUGCUGCUUCUGCAGCUUCCAUAUAUGGAAAAUCAUUUGUUUAUCCAUCAGCAAACACCUUAGCCUGGUCUCCGGGCUAUUCCGCAGUUCCUCAGGCGGGUAUACCUGGUUCAGAUGCCAAUCCCGAGAUCUCAGAGGCUCAGCUGGUGGAAGACCAGAGGAAAUUUCUCCAGUCCCAGAUUGAGGUGUUACGAAACCAAUUACGUCUUCUUGAGAAACCCGAAUUCAAAGAUUCCGCGGCAGCAAACGGUAACGAUGCAAAAGGAAAAUCGAUUGUGGAGACGGCCGAAUGAGAGUAUAGAUAGCCGGAUAGGGAAGGUGGUGGAUGGACUUGGAUCGGAUCUGUGUGUAAAUGGUUCUUACCGAGAAAGUUUUCAAAGUGAAGGGUUGAACCAGACAUGCAUGAUUUUGAAAGUGUAAAUGUUAUGCUGCUCUUCUCAUGGUGGAUCAUAUAUGAACAGAAUUAUGAUAUUCCGGUCCGGUUCAGUUAUUUUUCGAAUAA